AUGAAGCUCACUACCACCAUCGUUGCUGGUCUCCUGGCUGCCCUGGGGUCGGGUCUGGCCGUCGAGCAGCGCGCUACCAAGAACAAGCCAGUGUUUGCCCACUAUAUGAUCGGUCAAAUCAACCCCGAACACAGCCGUAAAGACAUUGACGAUGCGAUGAAACUGAAGAUCGAUGCCUUCGCGCUCAACUUUGACCAGUUCCAAUCCUGGUCAACCAAUACUGUCAGCGACCUGUUCGAUUACGCUGAUACGGUUGGCUUUGGGCUCUUCUUUUCGUUUGACCACAACGGAGUACUGAAGACGCCCGACCAGUACGAGAAUUACCUCAAAGAUCACGUGCAGAGGAAGUCCUACUACAAGUACAACGGAAGGCCCCUAGUCUCCACAUUCGGUGGUGAUAAUGUCAAGGACGCCGAGUGGCAAAGACUCAAGGACGUCGUUAACCCAGCCGGCGCCGGUAAUAUUCUCAUCGUUCCUGGCUUCUUUCAGAACGUGAGUCCCGACAACGCCUUCACCAAUCGGAACAACAUUGAUGGAGUCUUCAACUGGAAUUCCUGGCUCCCCACUUAUGAAGGCAAAAAGCGUGUGUCCAUGGUAGAGGACAACGCCUACCAGAACAAGGCUCAUGCUGCUGGCAAGGUGUUCAUGAUGGGCAUCUCCCCAUUGCAAUACAAAAACAUCGACAAGGGCAACAAUUGGUACCGUCGUGGCGAAGACAACCUAGAAUACCGUCUUGGUCAAGCCUUGGAGCUGCAGCCUGAUAUGUUGCAAUUCCAGUCCUGGAACGAUGCUGGUGAGAGUCAUUACAUGGGUAACACCUGGCCUGAAUCUAUGACUCUUGCGAAGGAGAUCCAGGCGAACAUCAAGGACCGCCCGCACACAGCGUACUGGCCGAUCAUGAAGGCUUUUAUUCAGGCAUGGAAGGCUGGUGACACAACAACCGCAAACAUGGUACCUACAAAUGGCAAGCCUGUUGAGGGUGCGUUUUGGCACCACACAAUGACCGUGGACGCCAAUUGCGGCACUGAAAAGCAGCCCAAAUCCGCCGAUAUCAAGACAGCUGCUGAAGAUGCUGUAAGUGGUAUCCUCCUUGUAGCCAAGGGCAAGACAAACCUGGUUGCUGUGGUCAACGUCAAUGGAAAUAAGCUCGACCAGAAAAACUUGAAGGAGGGCUACAAUGCGCUCAAGUUUACUGGCCCGAACUUCAAGCCUGGAAAGGUGCAGCUCGAAGUUUGGGACGGCAGCACCAUGGUUGGUGGUGGCUACGGAGCGAUCCCGAUAACUGACUCCGCUACGGUGUGCAACUACAACUUCCAGGUAGUCGCCGUGCCCAGCUAG